GAUAGGGUGUUUGUGUUUACGUCGCCGCGAUGAAAAUUUGGCCGCCAUAGAGGUUAUGUUUACGCGUGCCGCGGUAACCAAAUCGACGACGCAUGCCCUUCUGCGUCCAUCUUUUCGAAAAUCCUUCACCGAUCGCCACGUGCCUGUCGAGAAAUCCAUUGACUUCCUACGACAUCGCGUCCCUUGGUGCACGGAGCAUCUUGACAACUCUUGAUAUAUCCAGACUUUCGUAAAUGCGCAGGAGCGUGGUGUGUGCCGGCCCUCGGACGUGAUUUGGUGCGGUGGUGGUGUGCGUGUAAAGGGCCAACCAGUGAGGCCGCAACGGUGAGCAUUCGAGAUGAGCUAUGAAUUUAGGCUGCCUGGUAGCCAUCGUCUUUGUGCAUCAGCUGCUGUCCGACGCCACAGCGCUACCCUCAGUCGUCAAGAUUGGUGCUAUAUUCACUCAUGACCAAAAGGAUAGCAGCACGGAGUUGGCCUUCAAGUAUGCCGUGUACAAGAUCAACAAGGAGAGGCUCAUACUGCCGAAAACCACGCUGGAAUACGACAUACAAUACGUGCCAAAAGAUGACUCGUUUCACGCGUCGAAGAAGGCGUGUCAACAGGUCAAAUACGGCGUGCAGGCGGUAUUCGGGCCAUCGGAUCCCAUUCUGGGGCAACACAUCCACAGCAUCUGCGACGCACUGGAUAUUCCACAUUUGGAAGCCAGGCUGGACCUGGACACGGAGGCGAAAGAGUUCAGCAUCAACCUCUAUCCCGCACAAAGUUUGCUCAACGCCGCUUAUCAGGAUAUCAUGGAGUUUCUCAACUGGACCAAGGUCGCCAUUAUCUACGAGGACGAUUAUGGACUGGUGAAGCUGCGAGAACUGGUCAGGUCGCCGAAGUCUCAGGAGAUGGAGGUUAACCUGAGGCAGGCAGAUCCAGAUUCCUACAGGCAGGUUCUAUCCGAGAUGAAAAGCAAGGAAAUACGGAAUCUCAUCGUGGAUACGAGGCCAGAGCAUAUGCAUCAUUUUCUACGAAUGAUAUUGCAGCUGCAAAUGAACGACUACAAGUACCACUAUCUCUUCACAACUUUCGAUAUCGAGACCUUCGACCUCGAGGACUUCAAGUACAAUUUCGUCAAUAUCACUGCCUUCCGUCUGGUCGACGCGGAGGACGUCGGUGUGCGGGGUAUCCUGAGGGACAUGGAGCGAUAUCAACCGUCCGGGAAUACGAUUCUCAACAAAUCGAGAGUUAUACAGGCGGAGCCGGCGCUCAUGUACGACAGUGUGCAGGUGUUCGCCAUUGGAUUGAGGACCUUGGAACAGUCGCACGCGCUCAGGCCUGCCAACAUCUCCUGCGAGAUGGAACACCCCUGGGAUGGAGGUUUGUCCCUCAUAAACUACAUCAACUCGGUCGAGAUGAAGGGUAUUUCUGGCCCUAUCGAAUUCAAAGAAGGGCGGAGAAUUCAGUUCAAAUUGGACCUUUUGAAGUUGAAGCAACAUUCGCUUGUUAAGGUCGGUGAAUGGCGUCCAGGCAUCGGUGUGAACGUGACCGACACCGCGGCUUUCUUCGAGCCAGGAGCAGCGAAUGUCACCCUCCUCGUCAUCACUAUAUUGGAGCAGCCAUACGUUAUGGUGAAGAACAGAGGGAAUUUCAGCGGGAACGCACGUUACGAGGGCUUCUGCAUCGAUCUGCUCAAGGAGAUAGCUCACAUGGUGGGCUUCGGCUACAAGAUCGAGCUCGUUCCGGAUGGCAAGUACGGCGUUUACAAUUACGAGACCGGCGAGUGGAACGGAAUAGUGCGCCAGCUGAUGGACAAGAAAGCAGAUUUGGCUGUUGGCUCGAUGACCAUUAAUUACGCCCGUGAAAGCGUGAUCGACUUCACAAAACCGUUCAUGAAUCUCGGCAUAUCGAUACUUUUCAAGGUAAGAUUUUUCUCUAUUCUUCAAAAUGAUAUUAUUGCGCGAUAUUUUAUUUUCUCCAUUUGAUUGAUUAAAAUUACUAUUCUUUUUGACUCAUAUUUAUUAUCCACGAUGAUAUAUUAUAUAUUUAUAGUAUUUUAUAAUUUUAAUGUAAAAUUUUAAUGGAGAAUUCAUGAGCGAGUUGAAGUUGUACGAUUGAUUGACGAACGCAAAAGAUUGAAUCGUGAUAAUCAAGUGUCGUAGAAUAAAUUAUGUUAAAGAGAAAUCAAUUAUAAAUAUAUUGUGCA